GUUAAUUCCUCGAUGCAAUAAAUAAAAAAAAUAUUUUUAACUUUAUAUUUAUCGUUGCACUUUAUUAAAGCUCAUUCUUUGACUUUAUUAAAUGCACUUAACAAUGAAUAUUUUAGUGCAUCUAGUCUUGUUAUUUGCAUUAUUGCACCAUACUUGGGGCCUUAAUUGCGUAGCUCCGGGAACCUUUAAAGAACCUAGAGACCCAACAUGUAAAAAAUAUUAUACGUGCACUCUUGUCUUAGGAAUGUAUUACGUCAAAAGUAAUGGAUCUUGUGGAACUUUACAAAGAUUUAAUCCCACUACUCAACAGUGUGAUUUAACAUCGAUUUGCAUUAAUAGUUAUUGCGAUAAUCAGCUUCCUAUGGCUACUUUACCGGAUCCCAAUGCUCUUAAUCCAGCAUGUAGACAAACUUAUAUACAGUGUGUUGGAAUCACAAAUCAGUACCCAGUCAUCGAACAGUGUACAGCAGGAUGCUGCUAAAGGAUAUGUUAUGAAUUAUAAAGAAUUAUACACACAUAAAGACAUAAUAAACAUAUAAUUGCAUAUUAAA